UAGGUGUUACAGUUUCAUUAAAGUUCUCCGCUUGCAUACACGUGCUGAUAGUUCUGUCGACAUAUGUAAUUAAUAUUGGUGUUUCUGUGUUAUAUAUUAAUUAAUAUAUAUUAACAAAGAAGUCCGAAGAACAAAAUGGUUGUAAUAGGCAAGAAAAAGUAUCAAUCGGGAGAAGGUGCACAAUUUAUGACCAGGAAAUCUGCGUUAAAGAAAUUACAACUUUCUUUAAAUGAAUUUCGAAAAUUAUGUAUAUUAAAAGGAAUUUAUCCAAGGGAGCCUCGUAAUCGUAAAAGAGCACAAAAAGGUCAAGUUGGAAUAAAAACACUAUAUCAUAAAAAAGAUAUUCAAUUCUUAAUGCAUGAACCUAUUAUAUGGAAAUUAAGGGAUUAUAAAAUAUUUAAUAGAAAAGUAGGAAGGGCAAGAGCAAUGAGAGAUUUUGCAGAAAUGAAAAGAUAUUUAAGUAAACAUCCUACUUUGAAAUUAGAUCAUAUUGUUAAAGAACGUUAUCCAACAUUCAUUGAUGCCUUAAGAGAUCUAGAUGAUUGUUUAACUUUAUGUUUCUUGUUCAGUACUUUUCCAUCCUUAGCUCACAUACCACGUGAUCAAUCAUCUUUAUGCAGGAGGCUAACUAUUGAAUUUUUACAUUAUGUAGUAGCAGCAAAAGCUUUAAGAAAAGUUUUUAUAUCUAUAAAAGGUUAUUAUUAUCAAGCUGAAAUUAAAGGUCAGACAAUUACUUGGAUUGUUCCACAUCAUUUUUCUUUUGAGCCACAAGAGAAAAGAGAAGUUGAUUUCAAGGUUAUGUCUAUAUUUGUGGAAUUCUAUAUCGUAAUGCUUGGCUUUGUAAAUUAUAGGCUUUAUCAUACUCUUAAUUUGUUUUAUCCUCCACAAUUUAAUAAUACUGUACCAUGUGAAAAGAAUCUUGUAGAUGAAGAAGCAUUUGUAUCAGAAAGAAUAAGUGCAUUGAAUGUACCUCUUCUAGCAUUAGAUCCUACUAUACAAAAUGUAGAUGAUGAAGAAAUGGAAAUAGAUCAAUUCUCUAAGGAUGCUGAUGCACAGCAACUGGAAGCUGCUAAAUUAGAGGCAGAAAAAAUAAAAAAAUUGAAAACAUUAUUUAAAGGUUUGAAGUUUUUCUUAAACAGAGAAGUUCCAAGAGAACCAUUAGUUUUUAUUUUACGUUCCUUUGGAGGAGAAGUUUCUUGGGAUAAACUGUUGUUUGUUGGUGCAACUUUUGAUGAAAAUGACGAAACAAUCACACAUCAAAUUGUAGACAGACCUAGUAUGGAUAAACAAUUCUUAUCUAGAUAUUAUGUACAGCCACAAUGGGUAUUCGACUCAGUAAAUGCAAGAGAAUUAUUGCCUGUAGAAAAAUAUUUAAUGGGUGCUAUUCUUCCACCACACUUGUCUCCAUUCUCUGAGAGCCGAUUAGAUCAAACAUACAUUCCACCGGAGGAACGUGCGUUGAUGGAUCCUGAAUAUAAACUCAGAAAUGUAGAAGAUGGAGAAUCGUCUUCUGAAGAUGAAGAAGAUGAAGAUAAACUGGAAAAUGAAACAGGAGAUAUGGAAGAAGAUAAUGAAGAAGAAGAAGAAGAAGAAGAAGAAGAAGAAGAUGAUGAUGAUAUUGAGAUAUCAGAUGGAGAGAAAGAAAAAGAACGUGAACGAAUGCAAAAGAAAAAGGCAAUGAAAGUGAAAGCAGGUGAAGUAACGAAGGAAGACCCCUACGAAAAGGAACGUCAAGAUAAACAAGAAUAUCGAUUGAGAGAAAAAAUGAUCAAAAAGAAACAUCGAAAUUUGUAUAAGAGUAUGAUGCAAGGUCGUAGGGAGAGAGCGAAAGAAAUCUGGUUACUGCGGAAAAAGAGGCGACUUCAUGACAAUGCUGAGAAAGAAAAACACAAGGAAACUCGUAAAUUACGAAGAAGUAAUCUUACUGAAUAAAAGAAAAAAAAAAAGAAAAGGAGAAACAAAAGAUCGUUUCUAUGCUUUCCUAAUUCUUAUACUAAUACAUUCCAAUGCUAGAUCACUUAUACAAUCACUUUCUCGAUCAGCAUAUAUACAGUUAUAUAUUACAGAAAGAAAGAGAAAGAUGUCUUCGAUCCAGUCCUCCCACUAAAAGCGCACCCACGCAUCCAACAAUUCUGAUCUUUGCUGUUUCCAUCGAAGGACUUUGAAGGCCAGACUUCCUACACUCUUUAACCCACGCCUUCUCCUCACACGUACAUUCAUUAAUACACAUAUAUAAUAUAUUUGUAGUGUGUCUUAUAGCGACGAUGAUAUCAUCGAACAUAAAGAUUUCUACACUAGUACAUUGAUCUUGAAAAGCAGAUUUCUUUUUUAUAUUAUUAUUAUUAUUAUUAUUAUUAUUAUUACUUUUUUUUUGUUUUGUGAAUAAUUCAGUAUUCUUUUAGCCCGACUUCUUUUUCUUCUUAAAUAUCGUGUAUUUUACAUAACAUGUAUUUUAUAUUAAUUGAUUCGAUAAUAUUCCAACGAUCAAUUUCAUUGUAAUCAAAUAGAAAGACGACUGUAACGAGUAUGAAGAAAUUGAUUGUAGAGAGUUGAUUUUACGGCGCUAAUUCAACUAUAUAAUUUGGUAGAUGUAUGUGUAUGUAUCCAUGCGAGAUCCUGUGUAUCCAUGCAUGUGUAGGACUAUACUUGUGGCACGAUGUGUGCAUAUUGGAUGCUUACGUCAUCCUUGCUAUUCCUGUUCCAGCUCAUCUUCGCCGAGUAUCCUUAAAUAUCUUUGUCCCUCCGAAUGCUCACAACCGGCUGGUAACACCCUAAUUUUCUUGUCGAGUUCUGCUGCUGAAUAGCAGACCUUGAAGAUCUUAUACUAACAUUAUAUGCAUUUAUGUUUAUUUUGGCUUUAGUUUUCUCUAACUUUUACAUUAUCACAAGUACAAUUGCUGUUUUAUUUUCUUUAAUGAUUUUAUUGUCAUUAUUAUACAAUCUUUAUAUUUUAUAGUUUUACGUUUUUCGAAAUUUUUAUUUGAAGUAUUUCUUUUGCAAAGAAUUAUCGAUUUUUAUUUUUAAAUGUGGUGAUGUAUGUACGUGGGCAGUAUGCGGGUAUUGGACUACCCACGUAGAUGGUCGUUAUGUGUUUCAGAUUGUAAAAUCUUCUUACUUAUGAAUUAUAAACAAAUUUCUCUUUUGCACGAAUUGAAUAACUGAGUAUGCUCGCGUAAUGAGAUUUCAAUUAAAUUCGGUUGAAUGAUCUCGUCAUCGAUAAGUUCAAAGAACUUUAAAUAUGACUUAACGUAUCGCACCAUGCAAGACACGUCUUGAUCGAAUGAAAUCUUACUCUUGAUAAAGACAAACGAGGGAUAACUCGUUUGGGACGAACGGGUCACUGUCUUCGAUACAUUCAUAGUAAGUACUACGGUGACUUGAACGCAUGGUAAGGAACUAUUACUUCACUCAACAUCGUUCAAAAUCUUAAAAGUAUACCGUAAUCAUUACAUUUUUUCUCUUAAGAAACUUGACAAAAUUCUGAGAUUAAUUAUAAUUAAAUUAAAUUAUUUUAUUUAUAUUUCUUUCUUAAAUUAAUUAAUAAAUUUACAAUGUCGUUAACUGCAUUAUAUGUUAAUAUGUUUUAAAAGAUACAAGCUCAUAAUGCAAGUUUAUCUUUUAUUACUCCUUGAACGAUCCUUCCGAAGAUUUCUUCCUUCUUUUUCUAAAAAAAAGAAAAAGAAUGAAGAAAAAACUAGUAGUAGUAAUAAUAAUAAGAUAAAGUCUUAAUUAAAACCUUAGUACAUUAAAUAUGAAGAAGUUAUUCGUCGAAGUUAGACAGUAAUAAAGAUAUUUAAUCUUAAAUAUUGUCAUUACUGGCCAAUCAGCGACACGGCAUCGAUGGCGACGCUUGCACCCAUGGGCAACCUGCUUGGGUGUAUACACGAUACCAAGGUCAGCCGAGGGACUUAUCUGUGUGAACCAUACUUUCGCCUAUAGCCUAGCCAUUUUUGACGUCAAACGUCCUGAAAAUGAAGUUGUCUUUACGAACAUUAUUUUAAUCAGUAUGUACAAAUCUCACUAAAGGAAUUUCUGAAUAUUGAAAUAUAGUCAAUAAUAUGAAUAGACUUUAUUCUCUUCUCAGAAGAGAUAACUGUUAUCAUAUAAAAUAACUAGCUAUAAUAUUCGAUAAUAUAUAAAACGUUUCUUAAUUUUGAAACUUGCUAGAAAACCGCAAAUUGCUAUGAAGAUAUCUUGCAUAUCGAGUCUUUUAAAAUUUUUUUAAACUUGAUCGUGCAAUUGAUCCGAUCGUUCUGCUGAGGCAUCGAAGUUAUCCGGAGUUGGCGAAGCGGAUGACGCAUCGUUGAAAAGAAUACGAAAUGAACGUGUGUCUCGCGGACCCGUUACCUAUACUAUGCUACGAUAUAGACAGACACUAGAAAGCAAAUAUAUUAUAUAUAUAUAUAUAUAAUAUAUAAUAUAAUACAUCGAGAGGGUAUCUUCGUGCAGAAUUGCAUUUGACCAAGCAUGGAAGAGAAUGAAAAUUGAUUUCAAACGAUCAUCACUAUACACUACAUUAGGAGAUUUUAUUAUUUCCUGGAGUUCGAAUAAAAUCGAUUUGUUAACAAA